AUGACGAGUUCGAACAAAGUUCGCCGCUAUCUACAACAUCAUAAACAACAGUAUCUUGAAUCGCAGAAUAAUCAUCAAUCGGCUGCUGAUUUAUUAGCGAUGGAUUCAACGUUAAACAGUACAAAUACACGUAGAUUUCGUGGUCGAACUCAACAGCCGCUAUCUUCGUCAACUACCGCCACAACAACAGUAGCAACGACAACAGCGCCUGUUUCUAUACCACAAAUUUGUGUCGAUAAUGACGAUGAUUAUAUCGAUAAUACUAAGCCCAGUGACGAUAAUGACGAUGAUGACGGUCAUGUUGCCAUUCUUGAUGAGUUUGAUCAAGUAUUAGAAAAUGAAUUGAAACGUAAUUCGCUUCUACGUACAUCAUCGUUGAAACAAAAGGAAUUUUACUCUUCAGCAGAAAUUCCGAUGAACCAACAACGAAGUUUUUCGUUCGCACUCGGUUCUCCAACUAAUUCCGACGAUAAACAAACAGAUGAAGGAAUACAUUCAGGUGAAUUAGUUCACACAUCACCAUUAUUAUCUAAGUCGACCAAACUGCCGGCAACAAUUAAAGCUAGUCUAUCAAAAGAAACCUUUUCACGUUUACUUCAUUCUCUUGCAUUUCGUUCCGGAACUCAUUCAUCGACGAGAAUAGCGAUGUCAACAACUGAUGCUUCAACACAACAAUCACUCUCUCCAUGUUUGGCUUGUCGAAAUCAUUCUAAUCUUGAUUUACUUCCUAAGUGUAGAAAACGCCCAUCUAUUUUCGGUGUUCUUGUAUCUAAACUUAACACAACGACAACAACAGUCAACGAAAACAAUCCAAAUCGUUGUUCUCUUUGCAAACGACGCUUAUCAAAAUCAAUUUUUUACAGUACAAUUACAAAUCACAUCGAUGACGAUAAACAACUAUUAUCUCCAUCAACACAAAAUUUUUCCUCAACAUCAUUAACAUCAUCCAAGUUACUUCACGAUCAUGGACACUUAUUACUACGUACAAAACGACGGCGAAGUUUACCAUCCCUGUUUCAUACACUAUUCGAUUUUGAUCAUCAAGAUAAACAACACGUAAACAAUAAACAUAUUCAACAUCGUCCAUCAUUUUCCUCCGUAUUGACUCACACUUUAUCUGAUACUGUUACUAAUGAUCAACAACAACGACAGCCUCAAUCAAUUGCUAUUAUCAAACAAACAUCAACAAACUCAUGUUCGUCGAUUUCACUCUCCGAAUCCGAUGAAGACGAAACGAAUCGCAAUCUGAAAUCUUAUCAACGGCAAUCGAUAACUUUCGAUGAUUCAUCUCAACUAACCGAAAAGCGGCACGCGUGCUUUCAACAUAAACAUAUGCAUACAGAGAACAACGAAGGUCAAGUGUUAAUACUCUUUGUCUCAAUUCGAACAGACUCCGGAGCAAAUGAAGACGAGAAUAAAAUGGUUUUCGACAAAGAAUUCUCGUCGAAUGGUAUGAAUAAUAUGAGUACCGACGAAUCAACAACUGAAUUUAAUCCUAAUCAACUCUUUGUGCACCCACCAGAAGAAAAGACACGAAGCUUAUUAGUCAAUGUCUUUCGCACGCGUCGAUCAAAUAUAACAUUGGGUUCAAAUGAGACAAAUAUGGUCGGUAAACAAUUUAGUGUGUCGGUGAUUAACUUAACGACAUCGAAUGGUACAAAUCAAAACCAUUCGACUUCAUCGAUGAACAACAACUCGCCACUUGUCAAUCAUCAUAUUGAUCUGCGAAAGCAUGCCUUAUCUGAAGAGAAUUUACCCACCAUAACGGAUGGAACAUAUAUCUAUUUCACUGAUAUCAAUGGACAAAGUUUUCGCGAACGUUUGAGAUGGUCUGGUGUCGUCGAAAGUACAACUCUAAGGGAAAUCUUAGUACAAUUGUUCGAAAAAUAUCAAUUGAAUAUCGAAAAAUGUAAUAUUUGUCUAAGAAGUGCGCCAACUUUACCAUUGUCCUUGGAUCAACCAGUCAAACAUCUGCUAUUGGAUGAUCUAGUCGUUACAGGUAUUACGAAAAACUUCGCUGAUUGA